GCGGGCGCGAACGAGCGCGACGUCUAGAGCCCGGCUUCUAAAAUAAACAGCAGAGGAACCAGCGGCGCGCGCCGAGCCCUCGACGGGGCGGCUCGGGACGCCUGCGCGCAGCGGGAUGGCCGAGCAUUUCCCCGACGGCUGUAGUAACAUAUACCAGCCCAUUACUCAGUGGAUAGCAGACAAUUUCUUUGUAUGUGAAGGAUGCAGUGUGCCACGUUGUCUGCUGUACGAAAUGUAUGUGGAGAACUGCAGACAGGAGGCCCAGACUCAAGUAAAUCCAGCUACAUUUGGAAAGCUUGUUCGGUUAGUGUUCCCAGACUUAGGAACCAGAAGACUGGGCACAAGGGGAAGUGCAAGGUAUCAUUAUGAUGGAAUACAGAUAAAGAAGAGCUCACCCUUCUAUGCCUACUAUUGCUAUCUUUUGGCUGAGAAAAGGGAGAACAGUGGGGAGGUUUGCAGUUUUGAGAAUGCGGCAAGUUAUCAGAGCAGUGGCUGCAGAAAAGAGACAAAGGACCAAGAAGCAGUUGGAUAUCCACUUCCUGAAUUCAGGAGAUUUUCUUCAUGGGAGCAGGAGCUAGAAAAGAAAUAUUCCUGUAAAAUGGUUUCUUUAUUUGCUGAUGCGUAUUGCACCCACUGCCAGGAAGUGUUGCAGAAUGUAAAAAACAAGGAUCUUGACCAGCCCACCACCAUUAUGUGGAGAUGCAUGUUCAGGAGCUGUGUGGCCGUUGCAUUAGGGGAAGGAAGCAUUCCAGGGGAUUCCCAACAUCUGGGAAGGCGGCAGAAGCACAUGGUGGAAGAGCUCUUCAGUUCUUUCUGGAAGUCUCUGAAGCCUGACGCAAUAAUGUUCAUGUCCCAGGCAGAUGUUUGCCAGCUGUUUCAAUGCUACGACAGGCAGCUCUUCCAGGAAAUGGAGAAGAUUCUGCUUCAUGAUUUUCUGGAAGAUGUCUCUAUACAGUACCUCAAACUGGUCAGAUUAUUCAGCAAAAAUAUUAAAAGCUGGCUGCUCGCAACUAUGGAAGACCUCCCACCGUUGUUGGGUGCCUCUAAAAUCAAAGAGGUGACUUUGUUUAUAAAAAGACUUCGGAGGAAGACUUACCUUGCUAACAUGGCAAAGACCAUGAGAAUAGUCUUGAACAACAGCAGGAGGGUCAAUGUUUUGAAAUCGGACAUGAACGCAAUCAUUACUCAGGGGUUUUCGGACAUUCCUGGAAGCUCGCUGCAAAUUGCAUUUAGAAAUGUGGAUGAAAUUGAAAGUGGCACAGAGCUGAAAUGCUUGAAUAAUCUGAUGUCUUCACUGGACACUUCGACAGAUAUUAGGGUUUUGCUAAAUUGUUUGUCCUCGGACCUUGAGGCUUUCGUGAUUCAGCCAAGCAAGAAUCAAGAAGAGUUCAGAAAGCUUGCUGCUAAUUUCCAGCUGAGGUGGAACUUCCUCUUGACAUCUGUCAGCAAGGCAAUGACCCUCUGCCACACUGAGAGCUUUGGCUCCUGGCAUUUGUUCAAUCUGCUUCUGCUUGAAUAUGUUAUUCACAUACUUCAAACCCAUGUGGAGGAGGAAGGAGAUGGGGCUCCGUUGACGAUGCCGCAGGAUACCUUGGCUCUUCAACCAGUCUGUCUUCUGGACGAUUUUGCUGCUGAACAGCCUGAUGGCGGGGAGGCAGCACCAACUCGAAUCAUUCUGACCCAGAGUCAAAGCGACAUUAACUUAAGUAGCAUUAUUCUGAAGGUCCUCAGCUGCCUAGUAGAUGCUGACACAGGCAACAAGCUUAUCCAGGUAGUUCUGGAAGACAAAGCAUCUAAAAGUUCGGUUAAAGUGAAUCUUCCUGUUGGACAGGAAGCACUUGUUACUCUAAAAGAUGGGCAGAAAUUUAUCAUUCAUACCUCUGACCCGCAAGAAGACUGCAGCAGUGCUUGGGAGGAAACAAAGCAGAUCUGAAAGACUGUUUGACGACCAUCGCAAAAAAAAUGUGUUUUGUACAUAGUUGAUUCGAAUAUAGAUUUAGCACAGCCCCGGUGUAUAUUCUGUGGAAGUAAGUAGUUUUUAUGACGAGCAUGCAUACAUUUUUAAAAUUGUGUCAUUUUUCUGAUGUAUUUUAUCUGCCUAGCAUGCAUAGUUAAUGAAAUUUCCCCUUCGGUGUCUUACGUUCUAUAGCUGUUGUAGGAAGUAACACUAACGAUUUUGUUAAAUGUAGUAAAUAAAUUUCAGGUGACAUUCCCACUUCAGUUGCAAUUGUAAUGCUGAAAGAUGCAAACCAGGGACAAUAUGUAUUGGUUGAGUCCCAUAAUGUUAAUACAUACAGCACCAUGACUGUACAUGGCAUUUUACAGUAUAAACCAUUCCUUCCACCCACUCCCACAAGAAACCCUGUUCUAUGGAGCUUGCAAUCUAAAGUUUAAUAGCAAGGAAAGGCAUUUCGCCAAUACAAAUAGUCCCAGAAUUAUGCCUUCUGUACCUAAGGCUACCAGGUGUGGUUCAUGUCCCUGCAGGAGUCUGAAUUUCGAGAAGUCCUACUACAAAUCCUGUAUAUGUAGAAUGUUCCAAAGCCCAGCAGUUUAGGGACAGCAUUUUAAUCUGAGCGAACUGUCUCCUCAAGGUGGCAGUCAGGACUUAAUUUGAACCAGGAAGCCCAGGUACUUUUUAAAGUCCUGGAGCAGGUAAAGAAGUAAUAAAACAGAUGUCUGUGCAGAGUUCACUGCAGAGUAGCCACACAU